GGAAGCUUUUCCGCGAGCUCACACUCUCCUGCCGCCACACCCAUCGAAGGUGGCUGCAACAAUGCUUCUUGGUCGUCUUCUACCUCCGUUUCUCCUCCUGGCAGUCGCCUCCGGUGCCUACUACGAUGGCGCCGGCCAGCCGCCGGUGAACCGGAGAAGCUUCCCUGAGGGGUUCAUCUUCGGGACGGCCUCGUCGGCCUAUCAGUACGAAGGGGGUGCAGCGGAGGGGGGCAGAGGGCCAAGCAUCUGGGACACCUUCACUCAUCAGCACGCAGAUAGAAUCGCUAACAGAAGCAAUGGGGAUGUGGCUGUGAAUUCCUACCAUCUCUACAAGGAAGAUGUGCGUCUCAUGAAGGAUAUGGGAAUGGAUGCGUACAGGUUCUCCAUCUCAUGGACAAGAAUUCUUCCAAAUGGAAGUCUGAGCGGUGGAGUCAACAGAGAAGGCGUCAGAUACUACAACAAUUUGAUUGAUGAGCUUCUGUUGAAAGGGGUACAACCAUUUGUGACCCUUUUUCACUGGGACUCGCCUCAGGCAUUAGAAGAUAAAUAUGGAGGAUUUCUUAGUCCCAAUAUCAUCAAUGACUAUAAGGACUAUGCUGAAGUCUGCUUCAGAGAGUUUGGGGACCGAGUGAAGCAUUGGAUCACUUUCAAUGAGCCGUGGACCUUCUGCUCUGUGGGCUAUGCAUCCGGCACAUUUCCACCAGCCCGGUGCUCAUCAUGGGAGGAGGGCAAGUGCAGCGUUGGGGAUUCAGGAAGGGAACCUUACACUGCAUGUCAUUAUCAGCUCCUUGCCCAUGCAGAAGCAGCUCGUUUGUAUAAAGAAAAAUACCAGGGUGUACAGAAGGGUAAGAUUGGAAUAACUUUAGUCUCACAUUGGUUUACUCCCUUCUCCCGUUCCAAAUCCGAUGUUGCAGCAGCGAGACGUCAAGUAGAUUUCAUGCUUGGAUGGUCCAUGGACCCCCUCAUUAGAGGAGACUACCCACUAAACAUGAGAAGGUUGGUGGGAGAUCGCCUUCCGCGAUUCACAAAAGAACAAUCUGAGUUGGUCAAGGGUGCAUUCGAUUUCAUCGGGCUCAACUACUACACGGGAUACUACACUAAGGACGUUCCUCCAUCCCUGAACAAGAGCUAUAACACAGACUCUCAAGCUAAUACUACUGGUGUUCGGAAUGGUUUCCUUAUCGGUCGUCAGGCUGCUUCACCUUCGCUCUACAUCUACCCUCAAGGCUUCCGUGAGCUACUGCUCUAUGUGAAGGAAACCUAUGGAAAUCCUACCAUCUACAUCACUGAAAAUGGUGUUGAUGAAGCCACCAACAACAGCCUGCCACUACAUGAAGCCCUGAAGGAUGACAUCAGGAUAGAGUACUACCACAAGCACCUUCUUGCGCUGUUAAGUGCUAUAAGAGAUGGAGCAAACGUGAAAGGGUACUUUGCAUGGUCGUUGCUCGAUAACUUCGAGUGGAGGGAUGCCUUCACGGUCCGAUUUGGGAUAAACUUCGUGGACUACAAUGAUGGAUUGAAGCGAUACCCCAAGAAUUCCGCGCAUUGGUUCAGAAAAUUCCUGCAGAAAUAAGCGUCCCGUUAUGGGAAAUAAUGGUAGCAUUUCAUACUUAGGCGCUGCCGCAUGUGUUCUGUGCCGUUUCAAGCAGUGCGCUUGUUCUUUUCUGGAAAUAAAGUGCGGGAGUUGAGCUCAGUUCAGUUCAGUGAGCAAACUUUGCUGGAAUAAUAAGAGCUAAGGGGCCCGUUUGUUA